AUGAACUCCAGGAUCCUGUCUUCUAGGGGCUGGUUCAGUAGCCGCCCACCAACCUCUGAACAUGACCUGGAGCCUGCCACAGAUGGGCCAACAUCUGUGACCACCACCCUCAACCCAGAAGCCACCAGCUUUAAUGGCACCAGAAUCCCAGACACAGUUGGUGGCACAGCUGGUGUGGGCACAAUGCUUCUGUCCUUUGGAAUCAUCACAGUGAUUGGUCUGGCAGUAGCUAUGGUUUUAUACAUCAGGAAGAAGAAGAGGCUGGAGAAACUACGCCACCAGCUGAUGCCCAUGUACAACUUCGACCCCACGGAAGAGCAGGACGAGCUGGAGCAGGAGCUGCUGGAGCACGGGCGGGAUGCUGCCUCUGUGCAGGCCGCUGCCUCGGCCCAGGCCGCGCAGGGCAAGACCACUCUACCCUCCCAGGGCCCGAUGCAGAGGCCCAGCCGGCUGGUGUUCACUGAUGUAGCCAAUGCCAUCCACGCAUAA